UACGCAUAUAGACUGAGUUCGUUUGUUGUUUAGCUAAAGUGUUCCGACAUGCUUUGGAGCCAUCACAAAAAACUUACGUGAUGCAGGUGAGUGAUGUGCUCUCAGAUUUCCAUGUUCAUUGUAACUGGUUACCUUGUAAGGCCAAUACUAUGAGUUCUAUUGAAGUCAGUGAGAAUGUUCGUAGACGUAGGGCCACUGUGAACUCGUCACUUUCCCUUGGCUGUCAUAGAUCCACUUAUAACAGAAGGUGGAAUAAAAUGAGAGCUGCUUUCAUGAAAAAAUAUGACUUUCUUUCGUUCAGUGAGUUUGCUAAUGAAAGCACCCUAAAAGAAGUAAAUAGAGAAAUCAGUUUUAAUGAAAGUACUUCAACUAUUACACCGUCCUCUAGCAACAUCAAUCAGAGGCUUUCAGAUAAUAGUGGAUGUACUGAAGUGAACUUGUGCUCUCAAAAAAUCGUGAAUCGCAAAGAACUGAUGAACGACUUUAUGAUGUAUAUAAUGUCAAAUACAUCUCUGAGAAUAAGAGAUGCUGAUCGGGUUCUGUACGGUCUACGAUGUCUUAUCCCGGACAUACCGAAAAGCAUCAGAGGUGUUCUGAAGACUUGUCCAAGUGUUCAGCCAAAGUUCAUCGGCAGUGGGGUUUACUACCAUCUAGGAUUGAGAACCAGUCUGCUAAGAUACGUUGAGCUUUGGUUGUGUACUAUUGAUUUUGACUCUUUAAAUUUGUAUGUCAAUAUAGAUGUGCUUUCUAUGUCUAGAAGCUCCAAUCAACAGUUAUGGCCUAUACUAGGACGGAUCAUUGCCCCUUUUCUAUCUACUGAUAUUGGAAUCUUUAGGUGCUCCGUAGUUAGCCAUGAACACACAUGGAUCUCGGUUAAGGACAUAAAUUGUAAAUGUAUGGCCAUCAAUUGUAGGAAUUAUCUAGUUCUAAUCCCAUUGCUGCAUACUUGGCUGUAAAUGCAUUUUGUUUCACUAGUGUUUAAUAAAUGACGACAAAUGAUUUAAUUAAGUCUUAUGUUAUUUUACGGCUGCAUACGAAGUAACCUAUAUCUAUUACUUAAACUUCAGGUGCCUUAACUCACCGCUUUCUGUGAUCCUCUGUCAACGAAAAAGACCUUGGUAAUCUCUGUGACAUCGCGACACAAGGUUACUUUCACGAUAUCCGAGACAAGAUGAUAAAGCGUAAUAGAAGAAAAGAAAAUCAGGUAUGUAUUAAUUUAAAGUGAUAACCUCCCUACGGCUUUAUGGUUGCAGUCAACAACAUUAACAAACAUAACCGUAAGUUCAGCUUCAAGUAUUUGGCUGUGCCAAAGCAAGUCAUUGAGAUAUGGUUGUGACUUUUUUUCUUUUUUUUAAUUCAGAAUUCACAGGACGACUACCUCAAUUCUCAAUAGCCGAACGAACGUGGCUUAAGGGAAUAGUCCGUGCAAUUGUUUUGAUGUUCUACCUAGAUUUCAAUAAACAUUAUUUUUUCAAACAGCUUACUGUUUUACUUACAUGGGAAACUGUUGAAGUGUUGAGAAUGUGUGUUUGAGUGUCAGUUAACUUUUGGUUAAAUACACAUUCCUUAUAAAUAAAACAUCACCUGUUCCUUCUUUUUCAGAUAAUUUCAAAUAACAAUGAAUUAGCAAUUGCAUUGGAUAUGCAAAACAAUCGAUGCUUAAGCUUCGGCUCUAGUGUUGUACAAUAAUAC